AUGAAUAUUAAAGUAUUGAUCCUGGCCUUAUUGGUUGCUCUUAUAACAAGCUAAUAGUAUAGUAUUUCUUAAUGUGAUUGUUCCUAAUUGUUAUCAGAAGAUGAUUGCUCAAAAAAUGAUAUGAUCAAAUGUUAAUGGGAUAGCACAAAGAAGACAUGUAAAAAUUAGGAUACAACAACUAAUCCAGUUAUAAACUAUGCAAAAUAUUGUGAUAAUUUUAAAGAAAUGGAAUGUCCAAAACAAAAACCAUGUAGCAAUUGUGGAUCUUACUCUGCAUGUGCUUGGGUCGAUGGAUAGUGUACAUUUUUUACAGAUUGCACAGUAUUUAAUAAAACAACAGAUUCAGAUUGUUAAGCUAUUAGUAAUAAAUGUAUUACUGAUGGAACUCAUUGUGUUGAAAUUGAUACUUGUGAUAAAUAUAAAAAACAAUAAUCUUGUGUAAAAAACUUAUAAGAUAAUUUAUGUUAUUGGGAUACUAAAAAUAAUAAUUGUGUUGAUGCUGAUACUUGUGAUAAAUUACCAAUUAAAUUUCAAACAGAUAAAGAAUGUAGACAUGAAAUACAAAGUUGUACUGCAAAAUCAGGAGGUGGAUGUAUUGAUAGUGGAAUUAGUUGUACUGAUUAAAAUUUAGAAAUUUAAUGUGUUUGGGAUUAAUCAAUGAAAAUGGAAUGUUAUUGGAAUGGAACAUAAUGUAAAGAUAGAAUAUGUGAUAAUGCACCUACUACUUUAAAUACUGAUGAUUCUUGUAAAUUAUUCAAAACUGAUGGAUCAUGUACAACAAAACAAAAUGGUGGAUGUAUCACUAGAACUACUUGUUAAGCUGCUACAAUAUAAGCUGCAUGUAUUAAAAAUAGUACAAAUGAAGAUUGUUAUUGGACUGGAACUGCAUGUGUGGAUAAAAUAUGCUCAAAUGCACCAACUACAUUAACAACUAAUUCAGCUUGUGUAGCAUUUUCAAAAGCAUGCAUAACAAAGUAAGGAGGAGGUUGUGUACUUAAUGGAGAUUGCUCAACUGCCAAUAUUUCAACUGCAUGUGUUAAAAAUCAUCAAUAAAUUUUGAUUGUAUUUGGGAAUUCAACUUGCAAAGAAAAAACAUGUAUAAAUGCUCCAAAAUCUAAUACUACUCAUGAUUAAUGUACUUCUUAUUUAUCUUCUUGUACUGUGUAAUCAGGAGGGGGAUGUCAAUAGAGAACAUGUGACAAUGCUCCUACAACAUUGAAUACAAAUGAUGCAUGUGAAAAAUAUUUACCUGCAAAUAAAUGUAUAACCAAAAAUGGAGGUGGAUGUACAAUAAACACCACUUGUUCACUCAUCUCAAUAGAAGUUGCUUGUAUCAAAAAUUCAUUUGGCUAACCUUGUUUUUGGCAUGCUGCAAGUGGAAGUUGCAAAGACAAAAUUUGUGCAAAUGCUCCAUCUAGUAAUAAUAAUCACGAACUUUGUUAAUCUUUUUUGAAUACAUGUACUGUGAAUUCUACAAAUACAGGAUGUGUUGAAAAAACAUGUGAGAAUUCAUUAACUUUAUCAACUUGUGAUAAAGAUUUAAACAACAAUAUAUGCAUCUGGAAAGCAAGGUGUUAUAUGAAAUCAUGCGCAAUGGCUUCAAAUUCAAUAACAUCUCAUUCUGAAUGUCAAACUUAUUAUUCAAGUUGUACAUUAAGCAACACUGGAAAAGGAUGUGUAACAAUACCUCUGAAAUGUGAAGCAAUUACAAUAGAAGCUGCUUGCAAAAUAAAAGCUAAUAAAUAAUCUUGUGGUUGGACAGGAUCUUAAUGUCUUGAUAAAGCUUGCAAUACAGCUCCUAAAACUAUUUAAACAACUUCAGACUGUCAAACUUACUUAUCAUCUUGUGUGGCUAAUAAUCCAGUUACAGUAAAUGGAACCUCAACUAUUUAAGGAUGCCAAGAUUUACCUAAGACUUGCGAUGCUAGAAAAUCAUCUGAAAAUUGUAAUAUCACAAGAGCAGCAUUUCCCACCUGUUUUUGGGAUUCUUCAUCUAACAAAUGCGUUGAAAAAUCUUGUACAACUGCAAAUUUAUCAGGUUCACCAGGAGCACUUUCAAAAGGGUAAUUCACAUUUGAUAAUUGUUAAAGUUACAUGAGCACAUGCACAACUACUAAUGCUCAAGGUAGUUGUACUUAAACAUCAUAUCCUUGCAUUUCAAAUAAUAGUUAAGAUGGAUGUAUGGUUAAGCCCACAAGUUGUUCAUAGUUAGUUUAGUAAAAUUGUAAAGAUGGAUCUAAAUCUAAUGGUGAUUGUUAUUGGAAUGGAUCUAAUUGUGUUGAAAAGAUAUGUUCUAAUAUUGUAUCAACAACACAUAACGAUUGCUAUAAUAUAUUCAAUUAAUGUACCGUCAAUGAUGAUGGCACAGCAUGUAUACCAUUAGCUUCUGCUUGCACUUCAUAUAAAAUUUAAGAGAAUUGUAAAAUAGCAUCUACAUAAAAGAAUUGUUAUUGGACAGGAACAGUUUGUAGAAAUGCAAUUUGCGAUGACACUCCAGAUUCUGAUCUAUUUGAUUCAGAUGAAGAAUGUCUUAAUAUCAAACUCAGAAUGAAACAUGUACAAUAAUUGCAAAAAGUGGGAGCUUAAGGGUGUGUACAAAAAUAACCGGUUUGUUCAAAUUACAAGACUUCCAGUUAAUGUCACAAGACUUUAUCAAAUUUAAAUGCUUAAGAUGAUUGUAAAUGGAUUAAUGGAAUAUGUUAUUCAUUAUCAACUUUUGCAACAGGACCUUGCUCUACAUUUAAAGGAACACAAGAUAUAUGCAAAGCUUAUAGAUAGGGAUGUACAAAUGUAGCUAAUGCUAGUACUUCAACUGCAUGUACUUUGGAUUGUACUUUAAAAAUUGGAAGUGGAUUGACAUUCUAAGAUUGCUAAAAUGUGGAUCCAACUUGUUCGGUUAAAAAGGAUGGUAGUGGUUGUAUUGUAAUUUAAUCUACUUGUACAGGAUAUGGGACAACAGCUGCAAAUUGUUAUAAAUCAAAUUAAACUGGAUCACAAUCAAAUUGUGUCAUGAAUAAAGCCACACCACCAAGUUGUUAAUCAGUGAGUUCAGCAUCUGAUUGUGCACUUAUAAGUGGAUCAGGACUUGAUCAUGCCAAAUGCUAAGCAUUUAAUAUUGCUUGUACAUCUUUAGGUAACGGAAGUGGGUGUUAAGAGUUUAAAGCAAAUUGCACUUCUUAUACUGGUAAUACUGAUAAUUGCACAGUCUCUUAAUAAGGACUAUGCUUUUUAAGUGGUUUUGAUUGUAUUCGUUUUUAUAAUUGCUUUUCAAUUACUGGAACAAACCUUACUCAUGAAAUAUGUAUUGGCUAUAGCACUGAUUGCACAGUAAAUAAAUAAAAAACAGCAUGUUAAGAUAUGAAAGCCACAUGUGAUUUAUACCCAUCCCAAGAAUAAUGCACAAUAUCUGCAGCUGAGUAAAAGGCAAGUUAAUGUGCUUGGAGUGGAACAGCAUGUCUUGCUGUUACAGUAGCUGCUACUCAUUGUUCAUACAUAACUGGAACUUACUUGACCGAUUCAUUUUGUGCUACUUAUAAUGAUAAUUGCAUAGUAAAUUAUAGAAAGAACGCUUGUUAGGAGAAAAAAGCUACAUGUGAUUUAUACCCAUCUCAUGAUUAAUGUACAAUAUCUGCAGCUGAAUCCAAAGAAAGUUAAUGUAUUUGGAGUGGAACAGCUUGCCUUGCAGUUACAGUAGUUGCUACUCAUUGUUCCUUAGUAACUGGAACAAAUCUGACCGAUUCAUUUUGUGCUACCUACAAUGAUAAUUGCACUGUAAAUUACGAAAAGACUGCUUGUUAGGAGAAAAAAGCUUAAUGUGGUUUAUAUUUAACUAAAAGCUCAUGUACUCUAUCAUAGGCAGCUGAUACAGCAGGAAAAUGUAUAUGGAAUAAUGAAAGGUGUCGUAUUAUGACAUCACUUGCUACAAUUGGUAAAUCUGUUAUAGGGGAAAAAAUGAAAAAUGCAAGAUGUAUAGAGAUCAAUCCAGCUUUGGCAGUUACAGUGUAUGGAGAUGAAUGCUUUGUAAAAUAAACUUCAUGUAGUAUGUACACAAUAGAAAAGUAUUGUUCACAUUCCUCAGCAUCAGGUGCAGCAGCUAAUUGUAUUUGGGAUGGUUCACAUUGUUAAGCAUUUACAUCUAAUUCUCUGUGCAAAUAUAUUUAAUUAUGGGGUAUGGUAGUAGAUGAGACUUAUUGUCCUUCAGUUAAUUCAUAAUGUAUAGCAAAUCUAGCCUUAGACGGCUGUUAUGGAAAGAAGGCUAAUUGUUCAGAUUAUGAUACAAAAAUUGAAUGCUCAUAAUCUUUUGCUCCUGGAACAGCAGGAUUUUGUAUAUGGACAGGUUCAAUUUGCACUUAUGUGAAAGACCCUUCGGUUGAUUGUGCUAAAAUUAACACCUCUAUUAAUACGACAGAGAUACUUUGUGCUAGCUAUCAUGCUUUUUGUAUUCCUUACUUAGGUGAAAAGGGAUGUCAAUAGAUUCAAUCAAAUUGUUCCUCAUACAUGAAUAUUAAAAACUGUUAUAAAUCUUUGAAUGACGGUUAUUGUGCUUGGGUAAAUAACAAUUGUAUACAUAUAACAAGUCCGAGUCAAUGUGCUUCAGCUUCUGGUUCUAAUUUGACUAGUACUUAUUGCAAUGGAUUACAUAAAGAUUGCUGGGUGAAUGCAGCAAAAGAUAGUUGCUAUUAGAUGAAACAAACUUGUGCAGAAUACGAUAGGGGAUAAUCAAUUUGUAUUAGAUCAUUAAUCGAUGGAAAUGCUGGACUCUGUGCUUGGAACUCUGUUUCUGGGUGUUAUUAAACAACAUCUGCCAGUUAAUGCGAUACCUAGGAUUUUGACGGUGUAAACCCCUCUUCUGGAACAACAGAUGCCUAUUGCGCUAAUUUUAAUGCUGGCUGCAUUGCAAAAUUAAACAAAUUUGGUUGUUAAAAAUUAUUAACAAGUUGUUCAGACUACACAUAAGAUACAUGUAAUUAUGCUAGAAAUUCAGGAGCUAAAGAUAGAUGUAUUUGGAUGGAUUCAAAAUGCAGUAAGUUAACAGUUCCUGCUACUGAAUGUUAUAAUAUUGAUAGUCCAACAGAUAAUUAACCGUUUAGCGAUAAUUAUUGUGCAUCUUAUCAUAGUGGUUGCACAGUCGGAAACGAAUUUAAUAUCUGUCUAGAAAGAAAAGCAGUUUGUGAAGAUUAUACAACACAAUUUUUUUGCUUUUAUUCAGCUGCCUCACCUCCUUUCAAUGUAUGUCUUUAUAUAAAUUCUAUUUGUGUUACUGCAAGAGAUUUGUUAACUGAUUGUGCUGCCAUUACUGCAUCUUCAGGUUUAACUGAUUCCGAUUGCUCUGGGUAUAGCUCUACCUGCAUAUCAAAUAAAGCUGGGACUGCUUGUUAAGAUAAAAAAGACUAAUGUUCUGAUUACCAAAAUUAGGAUUAAUGUACUGUUUCCUCGAGUUCUAAAUGCAUUUGGAAAUCUAGUUGUAUUUCUGUUAGUGAUGCAACUACUGACUGUGCAUAUGUAGUUGGUACAGAUUUAACUCAUGAUAUUUGUGCGUCUUAUAACAAUGGAUGCACAGUAAAUAAAACAGGAACCUCUUGUUAAGAGAUGAAAAAUACUUGUGCAGAUUAUACAAAAAGUGAAAAUUGCACUAGGUUCCAAAAUUUUGGGUCGGCAAGUUACUGUUUAUGGCAUUCUUCAUGCAUCUCUGUCACUAAUCUUACAACGGAUUGUGCUUACAUAACUGGUAUAAAUCUGACCAAAGAUAUAUGUGCUUUAUAUCAUAAUAAUUGCACAGUUAACUACUCAGGAACUGCUUGUUAGGAAAAGUAAUCCAGUUGUUCAGAUUAUACUUUGAAAGAAAAUUGUUUAGCAGGUAAUUGCAUAUGGGAUGAAGCAUUAAAAUGCAUUUCUAUAUCAGAUCCUUCUACUUAAUGCAGCUUAGUGAAUGGAAAGACAGGACUCAACCUUGACAUGUGUAAAUAAUGUCAUAGAUGGUACUGCAUGUUAACACGUCUAGACCGAUUAAUUCAUGUGUUUCAUUGGCUAAUGGUAUUUCCUGUUUAUGGUAUGAAGAUUCCUGCUACCAAAUAGCAUAUACUUCUUGUAGUUCCAUCAUUUAGACUAAUCUAAAUCAUAAUAUAUGUUAUUCAUAUAACAAAGGCUGCACUUCAGUAAGUGGAUGGCACUUCAUGCUAAGGUUAUAUGUCAACAUGCGAAUAGUAUUCAGGAACGACUUAAUCUUGUACUUAAUCUGUAAAUGGAAAAUGCUACCUCUAUAAUUCAAACAAAUGUAUUACUAUUUUAAAUACUUCUACCGAUUGUGCUAAGAUUACAGGUGUAUCAUUAACUUAUGAAAUUUGUUAAUCAUAUAAUUUGGGAUGUAGUGUUAAUAGAGCUAAGACUGCUUGUGUUUAAAAAGCAGCAUAAUGUUCUGGAUAUUCAAUUGCUAUGGCUGGUUGCUAUCAAGCAGGAGAAGGAUUAUGUUUUGCAUCUACUAGUAAUGAUUCAGCAUGUGUGCCUGCUUCAAGUGCAUCUACCUGUGAAAAAGUAUUUUUAGGAACAGGCAAUUAUACUCAUGAUAAUUGUAGUGCAAUCAAAACUGGAUGUACUGUAAAUGGAAGUACAGCAUGUAUGGCUAGAACUUGUGCAAAUGCCACAGGUUUUACAUUUAAUCAUGAUAAUUGUUAUUCUUGGUUGAAAACUUGUACAGUAAAUUAGACUAAUAAUGGUUGCACUAUCAUGACUGCCAAAUGUUCAGAUUAAUCAUCUACUUAAUGUCUAAAUGCAAUAGAGGGAGUGUGUUUAGUGUUUAAUUCUAUUUGUAUUAGAAAAGGAUGUGAUACAGCUCCAUCAGAUGCUUCUCAUGAUGAUGAUACAGAAUGUUCUAAUUAUUCAUAGGCUUGUACAGUUGCAAGAGCAGGUGGAUGUCAAGUAAGAACUGCUUGUUCAUUAUAUAAAUCAUCUCUAUAAUGUAAAUUAGAUAUGAAUGAUAAAAAAUGUUUCUGGAAUCCAUCUGUUAAGACAUGUGUUGAUUUGGCUUGUGCAAAUAUAGAAGUUUCAAAUUUAUAUAAUACUCAUGCUAAAUGCUUUGCAGUUGAUUCAAAUCUAGGUUGUACAUUGCUCCUGGUUGCAUGGCAAGAGGACCAUGUAGUUCAUAUACUAUUAAAGAUUAAUGCAUAACUAAUGCCAUUGGAAUAGAUAUGUGCUUGGAAUACAAAUAGUAGUUUACCUGAACCUGCUUGCUAGGACAAGUCAUGUACAACUGCUCCUAGUUCCACAUUAACUCACAAUGAUUGGCUUCAAUUAUUAUAAUACACCAAAUGCUAAUGGUGGAUAACCAAUUUUAAGAGGAUGUUAAUAAACUGGCUGGCUUGUUCAACUUAUAUUGAUAGUGAGUAAUGCAAAAUAAAUGAUGUUGGAGAUCCUUGUGGAUGGAAUGGAAAAGAAUGUAAUGAUAAAUCUUGUUCCACUGCUCCUGCAACAUCAGAAUAUGAUGAUGAUACAAAAUGUAAAGCCUAUUUCAACAAUAAAUGUACAGUUUCAUCAGAUGGAUAAGGAUGUAUAGAUAUUCCAGAGAAAACAAUGUUAUUACAAUAGAACUGCACAACCCUGUUAUGUUAUUGGACUGGAACAGAGUGUAUAACUAAAUCUUGUGAAAAUGCUCCAAUAGAAACAGCAACAGCUGAAUAAUGUAAUAACUAUUUAUAUGGAUGUACAAAAGAUAUUAUAAAAUGCAAAAUUAAAAUCUGUGAAGAUUAUAUUUUAACAACAGAUGAACAAUGUAGUUAUGCGUUAUCUACAUGUACAACAAAUGGUAUUAAUUGUGUAACAAGAGGAACAUGUGUUUAAGCUUAAAACAAAGCUGGAUGUGUUGUAUCUUCUACUGGAUAAUCUUGUGAAUGGAUACCAGAUGUCGUAGAUUCUCAAAAUGUUGUAACUACUGCAGCAUAUUGUACAAUUAAAACUUGUAAUACUGCCCCAAUUAGUUUAUAAACAGAUGUAGAUUGUGCAAAGUAUUUUACAAAUUGUACAACUAAAAGUGGAGGAGGUUGUGUUGCUAAAUCAAGUUGUUCUGCUGCUUCUGUAAAUGCUGCUUGUAUAACUGCAUUAAAUGGUACAAUAUGUGCAUGGGAUUAUACAUUAAAUAAGUGUAGAGAUAAAGACUGUUAAGAUUUUAUAGGAACAACUCACACCAUUUGUUAAACUUAAAGAUAAGGAUGUACUGCUGGACCAAAUGGUAGAUGUGCUAGAGUUUAAAGUUGUGAAUUAACUACUAUUAGAGAAGCUUGUAUUGAAGGCACAAAUGGGCCUUGUUUAUGGAUUGAGAAGUUUGUCAAUAAUGAUGGGUCAAAAGGAGCUUGUUUUGCAUAUACAUCAUGCAAGAGUUUAGCUUGGAAUAGUGAUGAAUCUUGUAAAUUAAUAAGUAAUAAAUGUACAACUAAUGGAACUAAUUGUAUUGGAAUUACUACAUGUACUGAGACAAAUAUUGAUGGUGGAUGUGUUACAGGGUAUGAUGGAUCUUGCAUUUAAUCUGUUCCUGCUUUGAAUUCAUCUGAUCCUAAGAUUUGUAAACCAUUUAAAUCAUGUGCAGAUGCCUUUUAUGCAACUCAUAAAGAUUGUUAAAUUGCUAAUAAAAAAUGUACAACAGAUGGAACUACGGGUUGCAUUCCUUUAGGUGCAUGUUCAACAUACAAAUCUUAACCAGGAUGUUAGAUAAAUGAUAAAGGAUCUGUAGUUGAAUCUGGUGUUAUAACUUCAACAGGUGUUUGUACAUGGGAUUUGAGUACAAGUUCAUGUAGAGAUUAAAUUUGCACUGAUUUGAAUGGUGUUACUCAUGGAAUUUGUAAUUCUUAAUUAUCAACAUGUACUUCAAAUGGUACUAAAUGUUUACUUAAAACAAAUUGUUCUAGUUAUUCAACCUAAAUUAUUUGUUCAACAGCUGUUGGAAAUGAUGGACUUUGCUUUUGGGAGGUUGGUUCUGCUUCAAAUAAUAAUACAGCCAAAUGUAGAUUACUUUCUUGUGCUGAUAUUCAAAAUGGAACAUCUAUUAGUGUUUGUUAAGCUGCUUUACCAUCUUGCAUUUCAAAUGGAACUAUUUGUAUCCCAAAGGCUAAAUGUUCAACUUACACAACUAAAACAGCAUGCAAUUUUGGUGGAUUAGAUGGAAUUUGUGUAUUUACAUAAUCAACUUCUGCAUAGGCUGUGCCUGAUAGUGGAACUUGUACUUUAAUGAAUUCAUGUUCAUCUGCAAAUAAUGAUUAAAAUGCUUGUGUAGCUGCAUAAGAUAGAUGUUCAUGGAGUGCAGCUAGUUCUAGUAUUACAAGUAUAUGUACAAAUCAUACAUGUGGUACAUAUAAUUAAGUGAGUGGAACUUGUUCAAGAUUCUUUAAUUGGGAUAAAUAAUCAUAAUAAAUAUGUUCUAUGAUUAAUGGAAUAUGUAGAGCCACUGAUCCAUCAACAUUAAUAUAAAGUGAUUGUUUUAAACUUUCAGGAUAUACAUAUACAUGGAAUAGUUCAACAAACAAAUGCUAAGUUUGUACUAAAAAAGAUCAGCCAAAUGGUCCUAUCAAUAAUACAAUCAAUGAUACAAAUAAUACGAAUACAGCUUAAGGGUUAUUAUUAACAUUCAUCUUAGGCUAUUUGAUGAUUUGA